AUGGAUUGGAGCUCGUUGCCAUGGCUGGUGAUGAAAGAGGCAGCCGCCGCCGAUGUCAUCCCCUCAUGCGACCGAUCCAUUCGCCAUUCCUAUUCCGAUUCUUCUAGUCGUCAGCAACAUCGCCGUGUGAAGUAUUCCGCAGAUCCGUUGCGUUGUGUGUCGCCUACGCCAUUGAAAUGCAUUACGGAGCUUGACAACACCUCUACAUUCUGUCUUCCAGACAACUCCGCUGUCAACCGUUCCAUACCAUUCGCCAUGUCCACACUUCAAGACCACAAGAACAGGACGACUAGCGCUGUCGGUAUGCUUUCUAAGACCCUUUCCGUACUCGAUUCCAGCUACCUUGCGCCGAUCGAUACAACAACGACGCCCGAAGUUCAACUUCGAGAAAUAUCGCGCCGUAAACAGGACAUCUCAAAGGCGAAAGCAGCCCUGGAGAGAGCACUUGGAACAUUACGAACACGCUACCACGCCUUGUUACUCUUCGUGCAGACACAGCAGAAUCGUAUGGAAGUCAGUGAAGACAUCGACCAAUUCUGGACAGAAUUACAAGGUGAUCAGCUUCUCGAUAAGGCGCAGGAUACCGUUGUCACCCUCGACACUCAACUUAUCGCGGAUCAGAACAUCUAUACUUCACUUGUCUCUCAGCUUAACAACGAGAUGGUUACGGAAACAGCCAAUUUGGCUGUCACAGAUCCAGCACGUCAGACUGACCAUCCAUCGUCUUCAGCGAAUCAGGAUUCACCUCCUUACGUAACACCAACGACUCCACCUCAGGAAGUAUCUCAACCAUCGUUCCAGCCAAUUCAACUCCGUCGCGUUGAGCUACCUACCUUCGACGGUGAUAUCACGCAGUUUCACGAUUUCUGGUGCAGAUUUCGAACCGCAGUUCACGAAAACGAUACUCUGUCGUUGCCAACCAAGUUUAUCUACCUGACGAACUCGCUCAAAGGAAGUGCUUCGCUGAUAAUUCAAGGUUAUGACCCGUCACAGCCUGAUAAUUAUCAUCUCGCCAUCAAUGCACUCCGUCGACGAUACGAUCGUCCGCAGUUCACUCAUCAUUUGUUCCAUCAGAAACUUGAACAACUACAGACGUCGUCUUCAGCAUCAUCGAAGCAACGUGAUACUCUGUGCCAGAUUCAGUCCUUCAUUCUGCAGCUCAAUCGCUUCGAAGACACCACCACCUCUCUAGCUCUCAAGAAACUUGUCAAAUCCAAGUUUCCUCGCGAUACUCAGUUGGAAGUGAACAGAUUGGAACACCGAUCAGGCAAAACCUGGACACUGUCAGAACUCCUGGAUGGACUCAACGAAGUGAUAGAGGAGUACGAGAAAUUGGAUGACUACACAGGAGUCACGUCCAAUUCAGAAUUCCACAUCAAUCCUGUUUCCACUCGCUCCAGAUCGCCAACACCGGAGCCACAGUACGAUCCACGGACGUGUUGCUUCUGUUAUUCACGUAACCAUGAUUCCACCCACUGUUAUCACUAUACGUCGUCAGCAAAUCGUCGUAUCAUUGCCCGAACAUACCGCCUCUGUCUGAAAUGUCUUCGUCCUGGACAUAUGAGUCCCAACUGUGCACGUCCUAAUUGUCCUCGCUGUAAUGGCAGACACCAUCUGCUCCUCUGCAUGCACACUGGCAGAAGAAGCCGCCUAUCCAGCACAGAAAGAGGAUACCACGAUCCAUAUCGUUAUCGUUCUAUGUCAAGGAGUCCUUCGCGCAGUCGCGCACGAAGUCCAUCAUACGAAAGGAGUUAUUCGCGAUCGUUGUCUCGUUCAAGUUCUUAUUCUCCUAGACGAUCCUACUAUCGAAGUCCAUCACCGCGUUAUAGAGGAUCAGAUAGACCUGAACGUACGCAACAUCACACGGUCCGUUUUCGCUCUCCGGUUCGCGACAAUACACCUCCAUCGCGAAGUGCUCCAAAACAGGAACCUACGACAGAACACGAAUCGCCAGUCUACAUUGCCGCUGAUUCAGACGACGAGUAUGACGAACUUAUGCGUCAUCUUGAACAACCGUUUGGAACACAAGUCUCUACUGCCUUAGAUACUUCUAUUCCAUCGAGUCUAAUGACAGUAGAAGCUCUUGCAGUCGACGAGAAAACUAGAGAUUCUGUUCCAGUUAUCCUCCUUCUCGAUACAGGAGCACAACGAAGUUUCAUUUCUCAGGACGCAGUCAGCAGACUUCAUAUCACGGUCCGCUAUACCACCCCUCUUACGACUGUUACAUUCGGAGCAGUUCGCACUACAGAGCAGUCGGGAAUGAUCGACGUAACACUCCUCGAUAACCGAGGAUGUAGUCUUCAGCUUAUUCUUCGAACUAAAGACAAAUUGACCGUCCCGUGUCUAUCAGCCAGUCUCACUAGAGAAGACAAGCAGGCUCUUCAACAUCAUGCCAUCAAUGUCAAUUCUCUUACUGCGAGCCAUAUCGAUCCUGUUUCCCGCUUCGACCAUCUAGACAUCAUCGGUAUCACAGAUGACCCAGAUCCUCAAUUCGAUCAAGAAGAAGAUUCCAAAAUUCUACAACGAUUCCAAGACACU